AUGGGCACCUUUGACUUGCAGAGAUGUUGCUGGCUCCAGAGCCAUAAAUGCUUAUUGUCUUUAGAUGUCAAACCAGAUAUCAAGCAGAGGGUUACGCUGAUUCCCACAGGUUACACAAACCUCCUUUCUGAUAGUUCUGAUAAGCUCUGCUUUACCCAUCCCUAUAAAUAUAGCGGAGAGGAUGUGAAUUCCCCAAAUCCCAUGGCUGGUGGGAAAGAAGCUUUCAUGGAUCCGAAGAUGCAUCUGUGGCUCUGCAUGCUCUUUAUGUCCUUGAUUAUCGGUCAGUCAUGGGCCAGCAGUAUGAACGUCACCCUCACGGUCUUAAAGAAAUCAGUGCAGAAAGGUCCUCUAACAAUACAAGUCCACAGUGAUGGCAGCCAGGCAGUCAAGAUCCUGAACAGAAAAAGUCAAUAUUCUAGCAGGAACGGCAAUGCACUCAGUGGUACCACUCUGAAAUGGGUCAGGUUCCAAGGGUCUGCCCCCAGUGGUGCUGUGUCCAUCUGGAAUGGCUAUGCCGAGAGGACAGAAUACCCUUGUUAUGAAUCAGGCUGCACACCCGGUUUCUACAGCCCAAACCGUGGCCCCUACUGCUUUUAUCCUUAUGGAGACAAGGAGCAUAAGAAUGCUCAGUUCUGGCUUUUGAUAAAUGAAAAUAACUUUGAAUCACUGAAGUGGCAAGAAGAUUCCUGGGGUGAUGUUCCAUCGAAUUCUAUAAAUAGCUGCCCAGGAUACCGACUAUAUGUUGGGAAGAAUAAAUAUGGCCUUGGGAAGGUAGACCCCCAUAAUAAAGCCUUCUUCAUAGGGAUAGAUGGUAAGGAAUACUGGUAUAAAUAUUAUGAUGUUCUAGUGGUUUAUAAAGACUAUCUCUCACAGCGAAUCUACAAUGUCCAUUAUAUGAAGGAAAGGGGGACAUACACCAAUCAGACCUUGGUCUUAGUCUCUACCAGGAUCACCAACAACGACUGUAAUACAGUGAAGAAAAUUACCUCACUGUCCAAAACAAUAACUAAUGAACGUCGCUGGGAUUUUAACACUUCCAUCUCAAUAGGUGUGAGCAGUAGCAUGACUGCAGGGAUCUUUUCAAUAGUGAACAUGGGAUGGAGCAUCACUCUGGAGGAAACAUUCAGUUGGAGUGAGGGUUCUACAAUGACUGAGUCAGUCACAUUUUCAGAAACAGUAGAAGUUGAUGUUCCCCCUAACCACACAUGUGAUGUGUCAAUGGAGGGCCAAAGAAUGUACGGAAACAUUCCCUUCACUGCAACAGUGACUCGUGAAUAUCGCAAUGGGGACAGACGAAGUGCCACUGUCCAGGGAGUAAGCACAAACACUAUUGUGGCACAUGUGGAUACCUAUGUUAAGCGGUGCCAACCCAUCCCAAAUGCAACUCCAU